AUGUCUCGAAGAGCUCUUCUGAGCGUACCUCGCACCAUCACCACUUCGGUCCAAUCUUCCGUCCGAUCACCACUUGCCUCCAGAAUUGCAUCGCCAUUUCUAAGACCCGCUGCCGUACAGCCAUCUCAGAGACGGUCAUAUCAUGAGAAGGUGCUCGAUCAUUAUUCGAAUCCUCGAAAUGUAGGGUCUAUGGACAAAAACGCAAACGAUGUUGGUACAGGUCUUGUCGGUGCCCCCGCCUGCGGUGAUGUCAUGAAACUGCAGAUCAAGGUCGACCCCGAUAACCAGACUAUCGCCGAUGUAAAAUUCAAGACCUUUGGCUGCGGAUCGGCUAUCGCUUCGUCCUCAUAUUUGACCGAACUCGUCCGCGGCAUGACCCUCGAGCAGGCCGGAAAGAUCAAGAACACCGAGAUAGCAAAGGAGCUCUGUCUACCCCCAGUCAAGCUGCAUUGCUCAAUGCUUGCUGAGGACGCCAUCAAGUCGGCGAUCAAAGACUACAACCGCAAAAGUGAUGAAGCAUCUCACUGA